UUCCAUUUUCCAAUAAUGUCGUGCACUGUAUGCUUUAAUGAUGGAAAGCCAGUUAAGACGAGGAAAGAAAAAGACACGAUGGGUGAGCUCGACGUGCCGGACGACAAAUUGUACGGCGCACAGACCGUGCGGUCCGUCAUGAACUUCCCCAUUGGAGGCAUUGAGGAGAGGAUGCCGCUCCCCGUGAUCGUCGCGUUUGGCAUCUUGAAGAAGGCGGCUGCAAAGGUCAACAUCGACUAUGGAUUGGACAAGAAAAUCGCUGAAGCUAUUAUGAAAGCUUGCGACGACGUCAUCUCCGGCAAGUUAUACAGGGAGGGGCAUUUCCCGUUGGUUAUCUGGCAAACUGGAUCCGGCACCCAGUCCAACAUGAACACUAACGAGGUAAUCGCGAACCGCGCCAUUCAAAUCCUUGGCGGUGAACUAGGAAGCAAAAACCCAGUACACCCCAACGACCACGUAAACAAGUCGCAGAGUUCCAACGACACGUACCCAACAGCAAUGCACAUCGCGGUAGCGAUGGAGCUUAGAGACCGUUUGAUGCCCAGUCUGGUCGAUUUGAGAGACACGUUGCAAUGCAAAUCUAAGGAAUUUGAGAAGAUUAUUAAGAUUGGCAGGACUCACUUAAUGGACGCCGUGCCCCUGACUCUGGGCCAGGAGUUCAGCGCCUACGCAACCCAGCUGACGUACGGAAUCGACCGCGUGUGCGCGACGCUUCCUCGUCUGCACUACCUGGCUUUAGGCGGCACAGCUGUUGGAACAGGCCUAAAUACCCGCAUUGGAUUCGCCGAGAAGUGCGCUGCUGAGAUUUCUAAGCUUACUAGCAUUCCCUUCGAAACAGCGCCUAACAAAUUCGAAGCUCUCGCCUGUCACGACGCAAUGGUGGAGGUGUCGGGGGCCCUCAACACCAUCGCUUGCUCCCUCAUGAAGAUAGCCAACGACAUCAGGCUAUUGGCCUCUGGCCCGCGAUGUGGUUUGGCUGAAUUGAUGCUGCCUGAGAAUGAGCCUGGAUCUUCUAUUAUGCCUGGCAAAGUGAACCCAACCCAGUGCGAAGCCCUAACGAUGGUGGCAGCCCAGGUGAUGGGCAACCACGUGGCCUGCACUGUCGGCGGCAGCAACGGCCACUUCGAGCUCAACGUGUUCAAGCCCAUGAUGGUCGCCAACGUGCUGCGGUCUAUUCGGUUAAUCGGCGAUGGCUGCAAAGCUUUCAACAAGAACUGUGCAGUCGGUAUCAAGGCGAACGAGCAGAAAAUCUCUCAGAUCAUGAACGAGUCACUGAUGCUGGUCACUGCUCUCAAUCCCCAUAUAGGUUAUGAUAAGGCCGCGCAAAUUGCGAAAACAGCCCACAAAGAAGGUGGCACACUUAAAGGUACAGCGAUCAAGCUAGGUAUCCUCACCGCUGAACAGUUCGACGAAUGGGUGAAGCCUGAAAACAUGCUCGGACCUAAGUAAAGAUCUUUGUGGAGAGUUGUACACACCAUAGUCGAUACAUCGAUCAAUUCCAACUGUCUAGUUCAUAUAAUGCCAUGAGAUGCUAUUGCUUUUUAGUCUAUACUCAAAGAAUAUUACGUCGACCAUUUUCAUAUUGUUAUUCAUAUACAUUUCUUUUUUAUACUGAUGUCAAAUGUUUGCCUACAACCUUACCUAAUGGUGAUUCAGAUGGUAGUCGAGUGUGGAAUUUGCUUCUAGAAGGUGCAUUUUUGUAUUGACCUUAAAAAGACC